AUGAAAUUAUGGGUGUUGUUGCUAGCGGUGGUCCUAGCGAGCCUUGAGGAUCUCAUGUUUGGCGACCUUGAUAAGGGGAUGAUGCUGCCGUCCGCCCUUGUGGCCAAGCUGUCGAUCACCCUGGUUUCAAGCAGCGGCAAGUCCUCGAGCCUGCAACUGGCUCUGGACAGUGCCUCGGCUUCGUCGCUGGCUCUGCAAGACCUAGGAGCCAAUCCGUUGAGUAAUUUGGCGGGAGGCGGCGACGAUAACCAGGACUUACAAGAGUUUACUCCCAUCCGCGACCUGAUCCUCCAGCUGGAGACCCGCUACUAUUCAUUUAAUGUUAAUACUACCAGUGGGUUGGGGCUGGUGUAUCAGUUCCUUAUCUUUUUGCUGGGCAAUUUGUGUCUGCAGCCGUAUAAUGUGUUCCCUGGUGACCGACUGUUAACCGUGUAUUACCUGUUUAACAGUUCUGUGUUUGGCAAUUUGGAGCUUGGGACGAUGAUUGAAUUCAAAAACGGCUACUUUCAAGCGAUUACUGAAGUGCCACGGGCUAAUGAUUCCGAUGAUGAUGAUGACGACGAUGACGGCAUCAGUGCUGCCCCCUCUCCUCUGGGGACGGCGGCUGACCAAUUUGACGUAUUGUACAUCGCUGUGAGAGCGCCAGAAAACACUAAUCGUACGGCAAGCUGGACUUACCAGAUUGGGGUGCUGCAGAACGAUCUUGUCUUCCAAUGGGACGAUCGCCAAUGGGCGCAGUUGGUCGACGCCGAUCUGGAUCUGGCGCUUAUUGUGACGGGUAAUUUGACCACAAACAAUACUUUUGACGAGUUAAACGUCAAUAGUUCACAAUAUUCGCUUCUCAUCUUCCCCGCUACGUAUGAAGAUAAGUUUGCCAUGCUUAAUUCGCUGUGGUGUGCUGUGCGCAAUACGCCACCGCUAUUUGAACUGCUGUUGUUUGAGACCAGUUAUACGCUGCGGAAUGGGUUCCUUCAGCAGCAAUUCUUCGUCUCCGGACUAAAUGCGCUGACCAGGUAUCUUGCGUAUUUGCUCAGUUCGUUUAAAGGGAAAGACUACGGUGGGGCAGUUUAUCAACCAUUUGAGUUCAAAACGAUGAAUCUGAAUUCCUGCAAGCUUAUCUAUGAUCUUGAAUUUUGCCAGGGAGUGCUGUAUGCGGUACCGAAUAACCCUCAAUUCAAUCGCACUGAGCUUCGUCAGCUUUAUGACAAUCAGGCCAAAGACCUUUACCAAAACUUUUCCUAUGCCUUACAACAAGUGGCGUGUAAUGCUUCCGACGAGACACGGUUUUCCCCCAUUGUCAAUUGCGACGAUUGUGAUGAACUGUAUCGAGAUUGGCUCUGUAGCGUCACCGUCCCUCGAUGCACUACGGAACAACAAGACUUCUACGUGUUCAGGGACGUCAAUCAGAGUCGUAGUGACUUCAUCAACAAGCAAGUGAGCCCGCCAAACCCAUACUACGAGAUCAUGCCGUGUAUCGAUAACUGCUAUGCUCUCGUACGCGAUUGUCCCGUUGACUUUAAUUUCCAGUGUCCUACGCGUAACCAGCUGGUGAUUAAAAGCUAUAACUUCUACGAUAAGGACUCGGAGUUCCCUACUUGUAAUUUGGUCAAAAAGUACCGUCCGCAAGACCUCGACCACGUGUUUGGCCAGGAUGAGAUCGUCAACACCGUGCGCAAGUUUGUCCACGAAGGGCGGCUACCCCAUCUCCUUUUCUAUGGUCCUCCGGGGACGGGGAAGACCCUGACGAUCGUGGCGUUAGCUCGUGAGAUCUACGGUAAAAACUAUAAGAAUAUGGUGCUUGAACUUAAUGCUUCCGACGAUAGAGGGAUUGACGUGGUGCGGAACCAAAUUAAAGAGUUCGCCCUGACCCGACAAAUCUUCAGUCAAGGGUUCAAACUCAUCAUUUUGGAUGAGGCCGACGCCAUGACCCUGGUGGCGCAAAACUCGUUGCGGCGGAUCAUCGAGAAGUACACCAAAAACACCCGUUUCUGCAUCCUUGCCAACUAUGCUCACAAAUUAAAUCCGGCGGUAUUGCUGCGGUGUACCCGCUUCAGAUUCAACCCUAUCACCAAUGACGGCAUCCAGCAUCAGAUCGACGACGUCGUGCGGGCCGAGUCACUCCAGUUGACGCCGGCAGCAAACGACGCCGUGGUGAAAUUGUGCCAAGGUGACAUGAGACGGGCGCUCAACGUGUUGCAAGCAUGCAAGGCUGCGUCAGACAACGGAGCAAUUGACGAAGACAUGAUCUACGAGUGUAUGGGGUCAGUGCACCCUAAAGAUAUCGAAGCGUGUCUUAGCAGUGUGUUACGGGAUGACUGGACCACCGCCGUCACGACUGUGACCAAGUACAAGUCGGCCAAAGGCAUUGCAUUAGUCGAUUUAAUUACCGGCUUUGUGCAAUCGUUGGAUCAGUACCAGCUUAAGCCCCAAGUCCGUUUGGAAGUGUUAUCGCGGUUAAGUGACAUUGAGUAUGCCAUUCUGCGGGGAGGCAACGAUAAGAUCCAGACGACGGCGGUGAUUGCGUCGAUCAAGCAGGCGAUGGAAGCGCAAGCGUGA